AUGAAAGUCAUUACAGCCAACUUCGUCACCUGCGCCGUCAAGGAAUGCAAAACCUCCGCCGCCUCCUUCCCCCUGCACUUCCACGACGCCGAGCUCGAACAACAGGAGCUAGACUUCCAGCCUGAAUUCAUCCGCAACGUUCUCCCCCGCAUUGACUGGGAGAGUCUACGAGUUACUGCCAACGAGCUCGGAUUCCCUACUCUGCCCGAGACGAAACCGGAAGGCGAUGCGCUGAACGAGGAACAGACGUUGAAGGAUCUACACCGGCUAUUGCUGGAGACGCAGGUUAUCGAGGGGAAAUUGGUUUGUGGGAAUUGCGGACAUCAGUAUGUUAUUAAGGAGGGGAUUGCUAAUUUCUUGCUGCCGAGUCAUUUGGUCUGA